GGGAUGGAUUCGGCAGUGAGGAUCCGGAUUCAUGGGCCUGCCACCUUUGCCUGGGAUUUCGAUCAUUCUUCUCCGAGUUCUCACUGUAAGAAAAGCCUCUCGGGUGUCAACUUGAGCAUCAGGAGUGGACAAAAAGUCGCGGUUUGUGGGGCUGUCGGUUCUGGAAAGUCGUCGCUGCUGUGUGCAAUGCUUGGGGAGAUUCCCAAGAUCACUGGAGAGGCAGAAGUCAAUGGGACCGUUGCUUAUGUUUCUCAAGUUGCAUGGAUCCAGAGUGGAACGAUUCGAGACAAUAUACUGUUUGGAAAAAUAAUGGUGGAAGAAAGUUACUCCAAGGUGAUCCGGGCUUGCGCACUGGAGAGGGAUCUGGAGACGUUUCCUUUGGGUGACUUGACCGAGAUUGGGGAGAGGGGACUGAACUUAAGUGGUGGACAAAAGCAGAGGAUCCAGCUUGCUCGAGCAGUGUACAACGAUGCUGAUAUCUACCUGCUGGACGAUCCAUUUAGUGCGGUGGAUGCCCAGACGGCUGCGACAUUAUUUCAUGAGUGUGUGAUGAAAUCUCUGAGAAACAAGACUGUAGUACUGGUGACACAUCAGGUCGAGUUCCUUCCAGCAUUGGACGUGGUUGUGGUGAUGGAAGGUGGAACGAUCGAGCAACUUGGUUCAUACGAAGAGCUCCUCAAAACCGGGCUAACACUGGAGAAGCUCGUGAACGCACACCACGACACACUAAGCAAUGCUCUCAGUAAGAGCAGCGACGAUGGUGGCAAGAGCACCGGUGUGACGAACACACCAGCGGACUCCAACGACGAGAGCACAAAUCAAACACAAACUGCGCAGCUCACGGAGGACGAAGAGAAAGAAUUCGGUGAUCUCGGGUUGCAACCGUACAAAGACUACCUCUCGAUUUCCAAAGGUCACGUCCUCUUCGGCUUUGAUCUGCUGCUGCAAGUCGGCCUGGUUGCUGGCCAGGUGACGGGAGGAUUAUGGCUGGCUUAUCAGGUGACGAAGCCAGGCAUUGAUGGUCCUUACGUUGCGUAUGGCUACACGAUUAUCGCCUAUGUGACAAGCCUGUUCUUGCUGGUACGAUUGUUCGUGCACUUGGCACUCGGGCUCAAAGCUUCCAGAUCGAUCUACUCAGGCCUUAUGACGUCGUUGUUUAGAGCUCCAAUGUCUUUCUUCGACUCCACUCCAACAGGAAGGAUUCUAACCCGGCUUUGCAGGCCUCGAGUGAUAUGUCGAUAGUGGAUGUCGACGUGUUCAUGGCCGGACAUAUCCUGAUUCAGUUUGUUUUCGAUUUUCCAGGCGUCAUGGUUGUUCUUGGGCUUGUU